GGUGCUCUCUGUGUCAUCUAUAUAAAGGGUCGUUAGACAGCAACUCCCAGAUCUUCCAUCAUCAUUUCUUCACUCAUCAGCAGCUAUGGCUUCUUUUCUCACUCUGCUGGGAGCUGUGCUCUGCUCCCUCAUGGUUUCUUCUCAAGUCGUACCUCAGGCAGACUUUGAUUUACAGGCGAUUGCUGGUAAGUGGUAUCAUAUUGGACUUGCCACGAAUGCUGAGCGUUAUGUCAGUCGCAGAGGGAAGAUGAACAUGGGCACUUACGUGAUUACCCCACUUCCAAAUGGGGAUCUGGAUUUGUUAUACUCCAGUGUCUAUAAUGGUACAUGUCGGAAAAUGGACAAAGUUGCCAAUAAGACUGAUGUGCCUGGAAAGUACAGAUCCAUAAGUCGACGCACGGGACACUUGAGUGUGUUGUCCAUAGUUGAUGUGAAAUAUGAUGAAUACGCUCUGACUCACGCUGUAAACACCAAGGAGAAUGACACCUAUAUUGUUAACAAACUAUAUGGACGUGAUGCGGAUCUCAGCGCUGAGGUGCAGGAGAAGUUCAGGCAGUUCUCCUUGCAGACUGGCGUCCUUCCUGAAAAUGUCAUGUUCUUUCCCAAAAGCGAGGAGUGUACAUCUGCCUAAUCUUCAGUCCCAGUUAUCAUGGAUGCUACCUGAGGACUUUAAAACCUACUAUGUAAAUUUAACUGAGUGCCAUCUUGUGUAACAAUAAAAAAGCAAACAUCUACAA